ACACCCAUAUUCAAUCGGAAUAAAAAACAUUAAAUUAACAAAUCUGCAGCAGAAUAAGGAAUCUCCUGUUAAAUUAUUAAUUACAGUGAAAACCUUAAAAGAUGUCAUCACCAGCAUAUGGUGGUGGUGACAUCCGUGGCUUCUCAAAUUCUCUCAUCUCAACAAUGAAUUCACGAAUUCCGUCAUCUCUAACAUCAAGAAACGUAGCAGUGAUCGGGGCUGGAGCUGCUGGUUUAGUUGCAGCUAGAGAGCUACGCAGAGAAGGUCACAAAACAGUAGUCUUCGAACGCAGUAACCAAAUCGGAGGAACAUGGGUUUACGAUCCAAACAUCGAAAGUGACGAUCCGUUAGGAUUAAACCCAUCUCGUAAUAUAAUCCAUACUAGUCUAUACAAAUCUCUUCGAACAAAUCUCCCAAGAGAAUCGAUGGGUUUCCGAGAUUACCCAUUUGUAACCAAAGAUGGGAAUGAUCAGAGAGAUAAUCGAAGAUAUCCUGGUCAUAAAGAGGUGUUGAAUUAUUUGGAAGAUUUUGCUAAUGAUUUUAAACUUACUGAGUUGAUUAGGUUUGAAACGGAGGUGUUUCAUGUUGGGUUGUUGAAAGAUGAUGAUAAAGAUGGGAAGAAAUGGGUGGUUAGAUCAGCUCAAAAAAUGAGAGGUGGUGGUGGUGAUGGAGAAGCUGUGGAUGAGGUUUUUGAUGGUGUGGUUGUUUGUAAUGGUCACUAUACCGAGCCAAAUAUUGCUGAAAUUCCAGGUAUUGAUGAAUGGCCUGGAAAGCAAAUGCAUAGCCACAAUUACCGUGUUCCUGAGCCAUUUCGUGAUCAAGUCGUGGUCGUAAUAGGAACGUCUGCUAGUGGUCAGGACAUCUCCAGGGACAUUGCUGAAGUUGCGAAAGAAGUUCAUAUUGCAGGAAGAUCUCUCACUGAAGGGGUACCUACAAAGCUGCCAGGCCAUGAAAACAUGUGGCUUCAUUCUAUGAUAGAGAGUGCCCAUGAUGAUGGCAGAGUGGUUUUUCAAGAUGGAAGCUCGGUCACUGCUGGUGUCAUUCUACAUUGUACGGGGUACAAAUACCACUUUCCUUUUCUAGAGACCAAUAAUAUUGUGAUUGUGGAUGAAAAUCGUGUAGGACCUCUUUAUAAGCAUGUUUUCCCACCAUUGUUGGCUCCAGGGCUUUCUUUUAUUGGUUUACCAUGGAAGGUUAUCCCUUUCCCUUUAUCAGAAUUACAAAGUAAGUGGGUUGCCGGUGUCUUAUCUGGUCGGAUUUCACUUCCAUCUCAAGAAGAGAUGAUGGCAGAUGUAGAAGCCUUCUAUUUGGAACUUGAAGCUGCUGGUUUACCAAAACGUUUCACUCAUAACAUGUCAGACUAUCAGUUCGAGUAUGGUGACUGGCUUGCUGCUCAGUGUGGGUGUACACCGUCAGAAAAAUGGAGAAAGCUUAUGUAUUACGAGGCUUCAAAGAAAAAGAGAAGUCAACCAGAAACUUAUCGCGAUGAAUGGGAAGCCAAUCAUUUAAUUUUGGAAGCAUAUGAGUACUUCCGGCAGUGUAUACCAACAUCAGUGUGAUAACGUCGUUGCCUUCUCGCACCCAUUGUGCAUGAUACACUGUUAUAUUGUAUUGAUUUAUUUUAAAUGGGCUUAGACGUAUACCCAAAACAUUCAGGUACUCUUUGCUGUAAAUGUCAAUCUUGAUUCUCGAGCAAGACGCAUUUUCUUAUUCCUCCCUGGCUAAGAAAAGGUAUCCAUCCAUCUGUGCCGUAUGGAACUGUAUUGCGGACCAGGAGAAAAUUUCCACGCCCGUAAACUGGGUAUGUCUCAUUAUAAAGAGCAUGGGAAAAUUCCACAUUGCUAAUAAUUUGAUUUGCUUAUAUUUUCAUUUCAAUUUCAGUGAUGUCUUUUUGUA